AUGACAUAUUCAUGUGUUCAAUUGAAUGAUUUAUCCGAUGAAAUUCUUUUGAUUAUUUUGAAAAUAUUGAACAAUGUCGAAGUACUUUCCUCUUUAUUCAAUGUCAAUAAGCGAUUAAAUAGAAUUGUACAUGAUUCAAUAUUUACUAGUGAUUUAACUUUAUUAAAAUAUUUGUCGGAUGAUUCUACUUAUUCAUUACCUGAUCCACUACUAGAUCGAUUUUGUUCGGAAAUCUUACCCUCGAUUGAUCAUAAAAUAAAAUGGUUUACUCUUGAAUCAUUAUCUAUGAAACGUAUUCUUCUUUCUACAAAUUAUCCUAAUCUCAAUGGACUUGGUAUAUAUAAUAUUAAAAUGAAAGCUGCUUUAUCUCUCUUUACUGAUGCGAUUACUUUUACUGAUCUAUUCAAAAAUCAAAUUUUAUCAUUUGUGAUUGAAAUUAUUGACAAAAAUUGUUACGAACCAAAUAUGAAUAUAAUUAUAUUUACAAAUAUCUUUAAAAAUUUUCCCAAUUUAAAAUAUUUAAAUUUUAAUCCAUCUUUUAUUUGUGAUCAAUAUAUAUCAUUCAAUUGGUCAUCUCCAACCAUUUUCUCUUCGACUUUGCUAACAUUGCAUGUCAAGGUAUCGUCUGUUAUCGAUUGUCUUCAUUUACUUGAUGGUCGAUUUAAUCAACUUCAUACAUUCUAUGUUCAUACAGGAUCAGCGUAUUCUCGUCAACAAUCCUUACAAAUCAAUAAUAAAGAAAAAUUACCAAAUUUAAAAUGUUUUUCAUUAUCUUCUGCCGAGCAAUUAGAUUUGUACGAUGAAAUAAUCAUACCACUUUUACAUCGAAUGUCAAAUUUAGAAAUACUCAUGUUCUAUUUUCCAGUCUCCAAGAGAAAAACAUUUAUCGAUGGAAAUCAUUUCAAGGACAUUGUCAAUCAUAUGCCACAAUUAAACAAAUUUUUAUUUAACAUUUGUUCAUUUAUUCAUCUUAACAAUAAAAUUAAUUUACCAUCAAAUGAAGAUAUUCAAUAUUCAUUUAAAGAUUUUAAUUAUAAUCAAAUUAUUUCUUGUGUUAAUUAUUUUCGAGAGACGCAAUGCGGUGAAUGUCAUAUCUAUUCAUAUCCAUAUACACUGAGACAUUAUUAUUAUAUAAGAAAUAAUUUUCCAGGUGGAUUAUUUAAAUGUGUUCGUCAAGUAUCAUUAUAUGAUGAACAUCCUUUUGAACAUGAAUUUUUUCUUCGUAUUCAAAAAUCAUUUCCAUUGAUGGAAAAAUUAACUUUAUAUAAUAAGAAACGACAAAAUAAUAAACAAUAUAGAAAAUCAAAAGAGAAUAUCGAACAUCUAUCGAUCGUUGAAUAUCCUUAUCUUACCAACCUUACUUUAUAUAAUACUCAUUAUGAUUAUAUUGAAGAAUUUCUACUUGAUACCAAAACAUGUUUAACAAAUGGUGUUUAUCUCUCUCUUAAUUAUAAAUCUUUAAAAAAAGUUACACGCAAUUUUAAAAGAAAUGCAACACGAAUUAAUUCUAAUAAAGUCAAUCGUUUACAUAUUUCUGGUGAAUUCAAAAUAACUGAACAUUUGAAAAAUUAUUUUUCUCAUGCAAUAAUAUCUAAUAAUUAUUAUGGAUUUAUUUGA